GCACACUAAAUGGUUGCAAUUUUUUCACUGUUUCUAUUACUGUACUUUUUUUUUUAUCUUUGUUUUUCCCCCAUUAUAGACAUGGAGAAGACAUGAUUGUGACACCAUUUGCACAGGUACUUGCCAGCUUGAGGACGGUAAGAAGCAACUUCGCCGUUUUGACCCAUCAGCAAGAUCGUCAACCCAGCAAGAGAACGGGCAGUAAUCCACCGUCCAUGUUCAAAACAAGCUUAGCAGAGGAGCCAUUUCAGCAGCUGGCUGUGGAGACUCUGGAUGAGCUGGACUGGUGUCUGGAGCAGCUGGAUACUCUGAAGACACGCCACUCUGUCAGCGAGAUGGCCUCCAACAAGUUCAAAAGGAUGCUGAACAGAGAGCUCACUCAGCUAUCAGAGACCAGCAGAUCAGGGAACCAGGUGUCAGAGUUCAUCUCCAGCACCUUCCUAGAAAAGCAACAUGACAUGGAGAUCAUGUCUCCGCCCACCAAGGAGAAGAAGGAGAAGAUGGACAAUAAGAAGCGCCCCAUGUCCCAGAUCGUGGGGGUGAAGAAGCCCAGAAUCAUCCCUAGUGUGGCCCCCUCCAGCAUCCCCCGCUUUGGGGUCGCUUCCACUCAGGAGGGCUUUCUCUCCAAGCAGUUGGAAGAUAUAAACCGAUGGGGUGUGGAUAUUUUCAAAAUAUCUGAAUAUUCUGGGAAUCGUCCACUGACGGUGGCGAUUUAUUCAAUUUUCCAGGAGCGAGAGCUGCUGAAGUCAUUCAAGAUCCCUGCAGACACCUUCAUCACCUUUAUGAUGACCCUGGAGGACCACUACCACCACGACGUGGCCUACCACAACAACAUCCACGCUGCAGACGUGGUCCAGUCCACCCACGUCCUCCUCUCCACGCCCGCCCUGGAGGCUGUGUUCACUGACUUGGAGAUCCUAGCUGCUCUGUUUGCAAGUGCUAUACAUGAUGUGGACCACCCGGGGGUGUCCAACCAGUUCCUCAUCAACACCAACUCAGAGCUGGCCCUGAUGUACAACGACGUGUCGGUCCUGGAGAACCACCACCUGGCCGUGGGCUUCAAGCUGCUGCAGGAGGACAACUGUGACAUCUUCCAGAACCUCAGCAAGAAACAGAGACAGUCCCUACGCAAGAUGGUCAUAGACAUGGUGUUAGCCACAGACAUGUCCAAACACAUGAACCUGCUGGCUGAUCUGAAGACCAUGGUGGAGACCAAGAAGGUGACCAGUCUAGGAGUACUUCUACUAGACAACUAUGGAGAUCGUAUCCAGGUCCUCCAGAACAUGGUUCACUGUGCAGACCUUAGUAACCCGACCAAGCCCCUGGAGGUCUACCGCCAGUGGACUGACCGCAUCAUGGUGGAGUUCUUCACCCAGGGGGACAGGGAAAGGGACAAGGGCAUGGAGAUCAGCCCCAUGUGUGACAAACACAACGCCUCCAUCGAGAAGAACCAGGUGGGCUUCAUAGACUACAUCGUCCACCCUCUGUGGGAGACGUGGGCAGACCUGGUCCACCCUGAUGCCCAGGACAUCCUAGACACGCUGGAGGACAAUCGCGAGUGGUACCAGAGCAUGAUCCCCCACAGCCCCUCGCCCACCCCCGAGGCCCAGGAUAAGGUGGGCCUGUCUGGGGGAGCCAUGGGGGCCGGAGGGGGUGGAGGUGGAUCCUCCACAGGAGACAAGUUCCAGUUUGAGCUGACCCUAGAGGAGGAGGAGGGCGAGUCCGACACAGAGAGCCCUCCGGAAGAGGAGGGGUACAGUAGCACUGGGAUGGAGCCUUCUAGGACUGACCCGGACAGCAGACUCCAUUCCGUGUCUGCCACUGCUCACCCACACUUGCAAGUACUCUCCAAAAUGGCCACCUCUGUCCUCAAUCUUGGUGGCAGGACUUUGUCCACAGACUCUGACCCGGAAAGAGAGGCCGCCGAAGACAGAGAACAUGACCAAGAAGGUAACGCCGGUGUGAGGCGCUUCAAGCUAGGUACAUAACAUCAGUGCAAUGUAAUUUUUUUGUUUUUGUUUUUUUGUUGAAUUUCUGCACCUCACCCCUGACCCCUUCAACCCCCAUCUCUGGCUUCCUUGGACUGAAUGGCAGGACAAAGCUGGGGUAGAGAACGUAGAGGGGGUGCGUUCAGGAAAUCUGCACUUACACAGCAAUCAACUUGUACUGGAGAGAGGAGAGCCCCACUGUUCCUUCUUGUUCGGUUGCGGAGAACAGGAAACUGUGUUUUUGAGCUGGUCUUUUGUGUUUUACCGAUACGUCUCUGAGUUGGACAUGUGUUGUGUUCGGCUUAUGUUUCUCAGAGACACUGAGAAAACCAACCUUUCUGUUUUGCCAGUCAACCUACGACAAAAGAGCGAGGAGUUUUGCGGAACACGUCUUCCUUUUCACUACUUAUGACCGCUUGAAACAAUUGACGAAGCGAUGAACUUAGUAACAACAAACACCACAAAGGCUUUUGACACAUUAUACCAAACAGAUUAAUAAACAGGGACUUGGCCAAUGGCAAUAUUUGCCUGCCUUUUCAACUGUUGGUCGUUUUGUCUUUCAUUUAAGUCAUUUUAAACUAGUGCAGAAAGUGGUUUAAACCGGUAAACUGCAGACCUUACCAAAUUUGACCUACAAAGGACAAAGUACAGAGCAGGACCUCAGAAUGGCUUGAGGAAGAGAAUGUUUAAUUGUAGCACAAUACUUUUUGGGUACCUCUGUUGUAACAGCAACUGGGUGCCUCGCUGGGGGUCUCUCAUCAGUCACACUCUUAACAACUGAUUUAGGGUCAGUUCUUCCUUCCACAGUCCUAACCUGAACUGUUACGUGUAAACCAACAAAACCAACCCUGAGCCAGUCCUAAUAGGGUCAUAUAAGUAACCAAAAGCUAUGCGGUGUGCACCUGGCACCUCCCAGUGUUGAAUAUCGGAAUUAAAGUCUGAACGUGUACUGCAAUUCAAGACAUUCAAAAUGCCCAUACCUACAGUAAAUUGACUAUAGGAAUGUUAAAUGGAUUGGUUUUAGCUGUGUUGCUGUUGUAGGCAGGGGUAUCCAAAACAAGCAAUUCAGUUAAGAUUUGUUUCCUAUUUGAAGUCCCUCAAAGUGUAUGCAUACUGCUUUAUCCUUAACCUUUUUUAUGGCAUCAGUCUGCCUCCACAAUUUCACUCACAGCCAAUCCCCAUCCUGCUUGAAAGGGCUUGAGGCAAUCCAUAAACACAUUUGCGUCAUUUAACAGACGCUCUUAUCUAGAGCGACUUACAGUGGUGAGUGCAUACAUUUUCAUACUGGUUCCUGUGGGAAUCGAACCCACAACCCUGGGGUUGCAAGGGCCAUGCUCUACCUAGUGAGCCACACAGGACAAUGAGCCAAACUCUACAAUGUCUUUUCAAGUCUGUUAUUGUUGUUACAGUACAGGUCUCACGUUUCCUACUAACUUCAGGUACCAUCAUCUGGUCACACUGUCAACCAGUUGAACUAUUAAAAAAAGAUACAUUGGUAGCAUUUACAUAUGUUAUCUUGGUUUGUGAAGAAAAUGAUGUAAUAUUUGCCAAACUAUUUCAGAGAUGUGUGAAUGAUGUGCCACUCAAGCGCAAUUGUAACUGUAAAAAAAAAAAAAAGACCGUUGGCCAUGGGCCAGUUUUCUGUGCCGGAAGUUUGACUCCCUUUUCCUUUUGUCAUUGGUCAAUAUUCUGCUUUUCACGGGGACAUCGCCAAUGACAGUACAAGUGCCAAGCAAGCAUGACACAACUCGUACUGUAAUUUCCAUUUUGCCCCUGGCUAAUUUCCACCAAUGACUGACUGACAGCAAUGUUGAUCAUGUCACCCUCCCUGUGUACCCUUUCUACCCCAUAGGUUUUCUGUUUCAGAACAAUAAUCUACUGAUAAGUGUACUUGUCUUAAUGUUUGAAUGGUUGGACAUUUAGAUUGAUUGAAUUUGUAAAGAAACCAAAGCACUUUCUACAGUACUUUUAUAAGUCCGUGCUUCAAGGACAGUCGAGUGUGAUGUAACUCUGUUGACUAAUCCACAUUAGUAUUCCGUAUUCUGAUAUUAUGUGGCUUGAUUAUUCCAAUUGAUGCAUAGCACAGACUGGACCACUGAAGCUAAAUUGGGGGACUUGUGUUAUGGAAUUAAACCUUUUUUUGUAACUGCAAAAUGUUUUGAUAAAGAUGCAUGACAUUGGCUGAUUCAUAAGGAAAGUAUUCAAUUAUCUAAAAUAAGCUAAUCUGUGGACGAAACACAAACUUUUGAACCUACACCGUGGAGGAAAUGUGUUUUUGUGUUUUUACGAAAGAUCCAGAAAUGUGACUUUCUGGAGCCUUAUAUUUGCAUAAGUUUACUUUCCUCAUAGAUUGUAUACUAGAUAUGGUGGGGAGACACCAGUGCCAUGCACACAGUAGUUAAGGAGCACAAAGAGUUCAGAACUCAAGCAAGCCUUUCUGUCUUCCUCAGCUGUCAUGCAAAAUGUCUUCACCAGCCGUUGUUAUGACAGUAUUUUCACAUGAGGAUUCAGUUAUGCUCUCUGUCUACCAUGGAUUGUUUUGUAUCUUUUCCUCACAAUGCUUUGUGUACAGUUUAUUUAUUAUUUCUAUAUCUGUCCGAAAAUGAAGAACUAUAGACUUUGUCGGAGGCUGAGUAUUUAUUUGUAGCUACCUUCCGAGCUUUGGGAGAAAGAAUGGGACAGAUUUCAACUACAGUGCUCAACCGUGGAGGCUGGUGGGAGGAGCUAUAGGAGGACUGGCUCAUUGUAAUGGCUGGAAUGGAAUGAUUGGAACAGCGG